AUGGCGCCACGAAAGGAGCCCAAGGAGUCGGUCGUGUAUCCGUCAUCCAAGCGCAAGACACCUGCAUUCAAGCCGUUGCGACCUUCGAAAGUUCCACGGACUGAGUCUGAGUCGUCUGUGAAGCCCAAGAGCGCGGCAAAGAAGCCUGCAGCCAAACGUGCCAAGUCGGUACCUAUCCAGGAUAGCGAGGAAGAUGAAGACGAUCCUGAGGCCUUGCGGACUGGGAAGAACGAUGGGGGAGCGGACAGCGAAGACGAGGACUCGGAGACAUUAGAAGAUAAUCCUCUGGCUGCCACUACGAAGAGGAAGACGAAGCAGAAGCCAGCAUCCAACAAUGCCGCUCCUCGACGCAAGACUCCCACGCGAGAUCCAUCGCCCAUGUCCAUAUCCUCCCACAACGACAACGAACCGCCUGAUGAUGACGAGGCAGCACCCGUACCCUCACAGUCUGAUUCUAUCCCAUCCAUACCACAACCUCUCUUGGUCCGACUCUUGCAUGAGGCCUUCGCCGACAAGAACACCAAGAUCGACACGCAUGCCAUCCAGGUGCUGCAGAAAUACAUCGAGAUUUUCGUGAGGGAAGCGAUUGCGAGGACAGAGGCGGAGAAGAAGGAGGCGGCGGCGAAGGGCGAGUGCAGCGAUAUGGACGCCGGCUGGUUGGAGGUGGAGGAUCUUGAGAAGGUCGUCGCUGGCUUGCUGUUGGACUUUUGA